CCGACAAGAACUGCGACUCAUUUCUCAACCCCUGGACAUCGACAUCUACUCCUUAUUUUCCGAUUUUUCCCUUCUUGCUGUCCCCCUCUUCUUUACCUUUCCUACGUCUAUUUAUCUGACUCCUCUAACUUUCGGCUGACGUCGACUCUGCCGCCAUGCGCGGCUGCUUAGUCGGUUUGGCUUGACGCUUGAAUACCAUACCACCUGGGAGCGCAUAGAGACGAUAAUCUAUCUCUUUGAAGAGAGAGAGAGAGAGAGAGAGAGAGAGAAAAGGCGUGUUUCUUUGUCGCCAUCGCAGCGACCGCCAUGUUGUUCUUCCCUAGCGGAGUCAACAGCCCGCGCCGUCGCAAUAAAGCGAAAGCGAUUUUCUUGACCAUCUUGAUUAUCUGCGCUCUGUAUCUCCUGUUUUUCUCCAACAAGUCAGGCCACCACCGGAUCGAUCCAACGAUAUAUGAUUCCGGUACGCAGAAUGGGCCAAACCGCGAUUUGCGCUCGGGUCAGGCAUCCCCGUCGUCGUCGCACCAGCUUCCCGCGAUCCGCAAGAGCCUGGUCGUGGCCAGCAUGAAGAAUGAUGAUGUUUCAUGGUUGGACCAGUUCUUCCCGGACUGGUAUAAGAGAAUUUAUGUGGUUAAUGAUGAGCAUGCCAAGUGGCCGGUGCCGCGAAAUAAGGGUAGAGAGUCGAUGGUGUAUUUGACAUACAUCAUCGAUAAUUAUGAUAACCUGCCCGAUUCGAUCCUAUUUAUCCAUUCGCAACGUUACCAAUGGCAUAACGACGAUCCAUACUAUGACGGAGUCCCCAUGCUGCGCAAUUUCCAAUUCCCCUACCUCCAGAAACAAGGCUAUGUCAAUUUGCGAUGCGCUUGGGUCUUGGGCUGUCCCGAGGAGAUCCAUCCUUACUCUGAUACACACCGCGAGGCAGUUCACGCUGGGGAAUAUUUCAAAACCGGAUUUAUGGAGCUAUUCCCCGGGGUCGAGGUGCCGGAAGUAGUGGGUGUCUCGUGCUGCGCGCAAUUCGGCGUUACGAGCUGGAAGAUCCGCGAGCGGCCAAAGAGCGAUUAUGUCCAAUUCCGAAAGUGGCUGCUGGAGACGCCGCUGACCGACGAUCUGAGUGGACGGAUAAUGGAAUAUUCCUGGCAUAUGAUUUUCGGAAAAGAAGCUAUCCACUGCCCAACAGCUGAAGAGUGCUACUGCAAGGUAUUUGGCUUGUGCAAUCUUGUUUGCCCUAGCGAGGGUCAAUGCAACGGCCGCUAUGUACUGCCUCAAUAUUCCACUCUUCCUAAAGGGUGGCCGUAUGUCGGCUGGCAUGGAGAGAAACAAGACCCGAGCGCAGGCGGACUUCCAGCGGUCUGAUCGAAUCUCCGUCGCUUGAGGAAGUGGCAGGGUAUAAGACGGAGAGGAGAUUGUUGAUUGCAUACCUAUGAUUGAAUGAUGAAUUGCAGGGAUUAUUAAUGUACACCUUAUGAUACAAAACUAGAUGGAUAAAGCCACGAACUCUCAUCUUACUGAAUCUUGAAUCUUACUGAAUCUAAUGACGAAAG